CUCCUGCUACAGCACACACUGCAGCCGAUCCAGCCACCACCAAAGAGACCCAAGUUAUAUUUCCACCCACUCCAUUUUCCCAAGACUGAAGGACGUCACAGUGACAGCCUCAGAGUCACACAGCAGAUGAACAGGCACUCACCGUUAGCAUGCAUAAAAGGCUACAGAGGCUCUGUGAAAGAUUUACUCUAGCAGAAGCAGAGGCACAUGGAAUCACAACUCUCUGGAGAAGUCCAGGAUCUAUUUUCUGGUUGCAGCUGCUUUAUGAUCACAGUCAAGAUGAGAGUGAUAGACAGGUUACCUCGAGGCAGCCUUGCAAUUGGACGUCAUGAUCGGCACAGCUACUUUCAAGCUCCAGCCAAGAAUUCUGCCUGCUAAUUUCUGUUUAAAUGAGUUUGUAUGAGGAAUUAACCAAGUUUGAACAGCCUAUUAUGUCUGACAGCCUUCAGAGGACUUCACGCUGUGCAAGUUUUAUGUGCUUAUAGCUGACAGCUUGCUGGGGAGAUGAAUUCUCAAUCUAAAAGUGACCGGAGCUUUGCAGCAACUUCUUGGGUAGAGAGAUAACUUUCAACUGAACUCAAACCAUCUGUGUGUUGGGGAAGGGAUCCAAUCAUUACUUGCUAUGGAGGAUGAUUUUUAAGAUGUAUACCUACCCUGGCGAUAAAUCCAAUUCAUCAGUACCUGGAUAUUUGAAAGUGUCUGCACUAAAUGAUGGUGAUCAUUCUGCAAACGACUCCAAUGAGACAGCAAGCAAUCUGGAUUCACCUUCCUUGGAUAUCAGUAGGGCAAUAAUUGUGGGGGUUAUCCUAGGUGCCUUUAUACUCUUUGCUAUUAUAGGCAAUAUCUUGGUAAUUCUCUCUGUUGCUUGCAAUAGACAUUUAAGAAUUCCUACAAACUAUUUCAUCAUUAACCUCGCAAUAGCAGAUUUGUUGCUGAGUUCUACUGUCCUUCCAUUCUCUGCUACACUGGAAAUCCUUGGCUUCUGGGUUCUGGGGAGGAUAUUUUGUGAUAUCUGGGCAGCAGUUGAUGUGCUGUGCUGUACAGCUUCUAUUUUAAGUCUAUGUGCAAUUUCUAUAGAUAGAUAUAUAGGGGUACGUUAUUCACUUCAGUAUCCAACUUUAGUAACAAGAAAAAGGGCAAUUUUAGCUCUCCUCGGUGUCUGGGUCCUUUCUAUAGUGAUAUCUAUUGGACCUCUUUUGGGCUGGAAAGAACCAGCACCCAAGGACGAUAAAGAGUGCCGUAUCACUGAAGAACCAUUCUAUGCUUUGUUUUCUUCCUUGGGGUCAUUUUACAUUCCUUUAAUUGUCAUCCUCGUGAUGUACUGUCGGGUCUACAUCGUGGCAAAAAGGACAACCAAAAACCUGGAAGCUGGGGUUAUGAAAGAAAUGUCCAACUCCAAGGAGCUGACUUUACGGAUUCAUUACAGAAACAUUCAUGAGGACACAUUAAACAGCACCAAACCCAAGGGUCACCAUCCCAGGAACUCUUUAGCUUUCAAACUUUUUAAAUUCUCUAGAGAAAAGAAGGCAGCCAAGACGUUGGGAAUUGUGGUUGGGAUGUUUAUCUUGUGCUGGCUACCUUUCUUCAUUGUUCUGCCACUGGGAUCUCUGUUUUCAUCUCUGAAGCCCCCUGAAACAAUCUUCAAGGUGAUUUUUUGGCUUGGCUACUUUAACAGCUGCUUGAACCCAAUCAUCUAUCCUUGCUCAAGCAAAGAGUUCAAGAGGGCUUUCAUACAGAUCCUGAAAUGCCAGUGCCACCGUCGAAAGCAGCUGGGGUGGUGGGCCUACAGCUACAGAAACUGGAAUCGGUGCUCCUUUGAACACCCCAGGAAGGACUCUCUGGAAGACAGUGGGAGCUUCCUAAGUGGCAGUCAGAGGACACUAUCUUCAGCAUCUCCCAGCCCUGGCUACCUGAGCAAAAUCACUCAUCCACAUAUGGAGAUGUGCACAUUCCAGGAAUGGAAAAACUCCAGCUCUUUUCUGAGCCCCUUACAGGAAGGCAGCAGACAAAAGGAUCCAUGCCAGUUCUUUACCUUCAAUCUAUUAACAGAACGCAAUGGACACGUUCCUGCUGGCAGCCAGGCUUCCAGCAGUGGGGACCAUGAGGCCAUCUGUGACACACCGAACGGCAAAACAGACUGUGGAGCAAACAUAACGCUGGAAUGAACAGAUUCUCAAGGGCCUGUUCACUACCCUGUUUGACAUUUAGCCCAGGUGAAGAAGUGGACCUUUGCAGAGUUUCUCAGUACUAACACUAGAAGGAAGCCGUUGAGAGACAGGCAGAUUUAUGUCAUAAGAGCAGGAAAGUGUAACCAUAUUCCAGGCAAUUGCCAGAGAGGCUACUGAAGCAAAAGCAGAAUGCAGGGAAGGUGCCAUGUAAACCCAGGGAAGUGCACAUCCAAUUAUUUAGCUGUCAUGGAAGUGCUGUGGAACAGCCAAACACAUCUGUAUAUAGAAAGAAUGUAUAAAUAUGGGGGUGGGCAGGGGAAAUGUAUAUGAAUGUGUGUACAUGUGUGCUAGCCGCAUGUAUGGGUGCCUGAGAGUGGAAGUUGAGCAUUGCAGUGCCCUUUGUACCCCCCUCCCUCCCCUGGGGUACCAGCUGCUGCUGAUUUUGCCUGUAAAUUCUGAUUGUUGUUGUACUUCACUGUACAUUAGCACUUUAGAAAUUGAAAACUCUGUCAAAGAUUAAAGUAAUUUCACAACAAUUUAAA